AUGUCGGCAACUACAAAUUUCUACAAGGAGAAUAUCGACUUCGCAGCUCUGGGAAGAGAAGACCCAGAUUUUGGCAAAUUCUUGAAGUCAAAUGGUCAAUUGGAUUUUAGCGAUCCUAAAUCGGUCCAGCAGCUCACAAAAUCUCUGUUAAAGCGAGACUUCCAUCUGGAUUUGACGCUUCCAGAUGACCGGCUCUGUCCACCAAUUCGUGGGCUCGAUAUUGGCACAGGUGCAAGUUGUAUAUAUCCACUUUUGGGUUGUGCUCAACGCCCUCUGUGGAGAUUCACCGGAACAGGUUUGGCCCCUUAA